UUUCCGUUAGGUACUGAAAAGCUGGGGCGCGCGACUGUCCUCAGUCCCACGUGAAGCGCAACGCGAGCAUCGCUCGGCGGGGCCGCUCCACGCUCGCCGCCGAGGGCCCCGGAAGCGGUAGGAUACCGGAAGUGGCCCGCGGCGGUUCAGAAGCUACUCCCGGAGCCCCGUGUGAGGCGCCUGGGAUCACGGCGACGGCGCCAUGUCCCUGAUCUGCUCCAGGUGAAAACUGAGGUCUGGACAGAGGAAGCUGGUGCUGGGAAACAGCUCUGGUUAGGAGUCGGGAGACCCACCUCGAUUCACUGAUCUUCUCUGGGCCUCAGUGUCCUCAUCUGCAAAGCGAGAGCAUUGCCCUGAUGUUGUCCGAGUACCCGUUUGGGUAGUCCGAGCUUCUGCUAUUUGCGAGGGUCCCACAUCUCCAAUGAAGUGCCGGAGCACCCGUGCGUGUCUCCUGUCUCCAAUCAUGUCUAUGAGCGGCGGCUCAUUGAGAAGUACAUUGCAGAGAAUGGCACAGACCCCAUCAACAACCAGCCUCUGUCUGAGGAGCAGCUUAUCGACAUCAAAGUUGCUCACCCAAUCCGGCCCAAGCCUCCUUCAGCCACCAGCAUCCCAGCCAUUCUGAAAGCCUUGCAGGAUGAAUGGGAUGCGGUCAUGCUGCACAGCUUCACUCUGCGCCAGCAGCUGCAGACAACCCGCCAGGAGUUGUCUCACGCUCUGUACCAGCAUGAUGCCGCCUGCCGUGUCAUAGCCCGUCUCACCAAGGAAGUCACUGCUGCCCGAGAAGCUCUGGCUACCUUGAAACCACAGGCUGGUCUCAUUGUGCCCCAAGCUGUGCCAAGUUCACAGCCAAGUGUUGUGGGUGCAGGCGAGCCAAUGGAUUUGGGCGAGCUGGUGGGAAUGACCCCAGAGAUUAUCCAGAAGCUUCAAGACAAGGCCACUGUGCUAACCACGGAGCGUAAGAAGAGGGGGAAGACUGUGCCUGAGGAGUUGGUAAAGCCAGAAGAGCUCAGCAAAUACCGGCAGGUGGCCUCCCAUGUGGGGUUGCACAGUGCCAGCAUCCCAGGGAUCCUCGCCCUGGACCUCUGUCCCUCCGACACCAACAAGAUUCUCACUGGUGGGGCGGAUAAAAAUGUUGUCGUCUUUGACAAGACUUCUGAGCAAAUCCUGGCCACUCUCAAAGGUCAUACCAAGAAAGUCACCAGCGUGGUGUUUCACCCUUCCCAGGAUCUGGUAUUUUCUGCCUCCCCAGAUGCCACUAUCAGAAUUUGGUCCGUCCCAAACGCCUCUUGUGUACAGGUUGUUCGGGCCCAUGAGAGUGCCGUGACAGGCCUCAGCCUCCAUGCCACUGGUGACUAUCUCCUGAGCUCCUCUGAUGACCAGUACUGGGCCUUCUCUGAUAUCCAGACUGGGCGUGUGCUCACCAAGGUGACUGAUGAGACCUCUGGCUGCUCUCUCACCUGUGCGCAGUUCCACCCUGACGGACUCAUUUUUGGAACAGGAACCAUGGACUCUCAGAUCAAGAUCUGGGACUUGAAGGAGCGCACCAAUGUGGCUAACUUCCCUGGCCACUCGGGCCCCAUCACCAGCAUUGCCUUCUCCGAGAACGGCUACUACCUGGCUACAGCAGCCGAUGACUCCUCUGUCAAACUCUGGGAUCUGCGCAAGCUUAAGAAUUUUAAGACGUUGCAGCUGGAUAACAACUUUGAGGUGAAGUCACUGAUCUUUGACCAGAGUGGUACGUACUUGGCCCUUGGGGGCACGGAUGUCCAGAUCUACAUCUGCAAACAGUGGACGGAGAUUCUUCACUUUACAGAGCACAGUGGCCUGACCACAGGGGUGGCCUUCGGGCACCACGCCAAGUUCAUCGCUUCAACCGGCAUGGACAGGAGCCUCAAGUUCUACAGCCUGUAGGCCCUGCCCCUUCUGAGGGAAGCUGAGCCUCAUCUCAUAGUGGGGUAGAGUUAGGGC